GGCUCGGCCUUGGAAUUUUUUCCCGGAAUGAUGAGAGUUUUUGGAAUAUCAUGAAACCAAUUAUUACUGUGUCGCAAUUUUUUGGGAAUUUUCCAAUAAACGGUAUCCAAAAUUCAAAACCAGAUGGAUAUGUUUUUAAAAUCCCAUCAUUCAUUACGGGCUAUUCUUUGAUGAUCAUUACACUCAUGGGUAUUUUUUUUGCUGCAGAUAUUAAUGAAACAAUCAGUUCUACAAAAGAAAAUUUUUUUAAAACGUUGUUUCAUGCUCUUUUUUUUGGAUACAAUUUUUUGGUGCUCCUGAUAAUAUUUUGUAAAUCACCAAGAUGGAUUAAAUUGCAAAUGAAUUGGCAACGUGUUGAAGGAAAAUUAGACAAUUUUUCCAGCUCUUAUCAAACAAAAUUUCGGCUACGGUUUAAACUACGGAUGAUUUCACUAAUUUUGUGUUUCUGUGCUUUGAUCGAGCAUAUGUACAGCUAUGAACACCCAUUAUCUCACGUACCGUCAGCUGAAAAAUAUUUUAGUUUAAUUGGUGAAAAUAUCUUAAAAACGACUUUUGGAUCCUUGGAUGGGAUAUCACACAAUUCAGCGGUUAUCGUGGGAAUACUUCACUCGAUGUUACGUACAUUCGCGACCUUUACUUGGAACUUUUGUGAUCUUUUGAUUAUUUUGGUAUCAAUUGGCCUUGCAGAAAGAUACAAACAUCUUAACGAAGUUGUUCGUUUCAAAAUUUCAAAUAAUUCAACAGAAAGAAUAAAUUGGCGAAAAAUAAAAAAAACAUAUGCCAUAAUGAAUGAACUUGUCAAAGAAGCAGACAAUAUUGUUUCACCAUUAAUAUUAUUAUCAUGUUGCAUGAAUGUAUAUCUGAUUUGCGUACAAACAUCAGAAGGAAUAAGAUCAGUGAUGACUGAGUCAAAAAUUCCAAUAUAUUUUUUUCUGUCACUGUUUUUUAUGAUUAUUCGAACAAUAGCACUUGUGUUGUCAGUAGCUAAAAUUAAUGUCGAAAGUAGUCAUGCUUCAACAAUAUUUACCCGUUGUCUAUCAGUUUUUAUAAUUGAGGUUAUCUUGAUGCAACAGCAAUUAUCAAUCGACAAAGUUUCAUUUACGGCAAUGAAGUUUUUUCCAAUCACUCGCAAAUUUAUCUUUACUAUUACUGGGACAAUCGUCACAUAUGGAAUUCUUUACAUGCAGCUUCGAACGAUUUAGAAAAAGAAUAUAUAUUCUAGAGUAAAAUAUGUAUUUGCGAGUAAAUCAUUUUUCGCAGAAAAAAUUUUUUUUAUCACUGAUGCAUGUAAAACCGCGUUUUACAUGCCUGUGCGCAGUGGAUAAACUGCGUCAUUUUCCUACUGAGAAGGUAAACAAGCCUAAAGUGUUUUACGUAAAACGCUUUAGGCUUGGACGCAGGCACAAGUGGUUUUACACAGAGGCAUAAGUCGUUUUACAAUAUCACAAUGCACUGCAACGCACGCAUAAAGUGUUUUGCUGAGAUCAGAAUUAACGUCGCCCCCUUAUUAGGGUAACUUAUAAUGAUUAGUCAAGUCACUAGAUGUCGACACUAGUUUUGGGCUUUAUAUUUUUUUUCAUGUCUCAUUUUUUUUUUUUAAUUUUUUUUUUUCAUGUCACACAACCAAACUUGUACAAACUUGUCUGUGCUUGACAGUUAUUGCCUGCGUCGUUUAGUAGAUUAAUAAUCAAAUCUUUAUAAUAAAGUUGUUUGUCAUGCAAAAUAAUUUAAAUUUUGACAAAGACAAAUUUUGUUCAAGUUUAAUGAUUAAACUUUAUUUAAUAAUUAAAAAAACAUAUAUUAAAAAUUAUUAAUGGG